CAAAGUUAUGGUGCGACAGGCGGUUGUGGUUAACCACUCACAAUCCUGCUGCAUUUCUGUACUGUCGGGAACUGUACAGGAGAGGAGAAACAUUCCCGAUGGAGUGGAGUACACUUCCAAACAAUAUCCUUUGAGUGCAAUAAUUUUGGACUGGAUUGAAAUCUCUUAAACAUCACAAUUCUUAUUUAUAACUAAACAUCCACGGAUUAAUCUACGGUACGCAUCAUCAUCAUCAUCAUCAUCAUCAUCUCGGGAAAGACAGUGUUUGCGCAUUAUGCUGCGAUGGAAUACACUGAGGUGGAAGGGGAUUGCUGGGAUUUCCAUAAGUUUGACUUGUGGUAGAUAACUUGGAUUUGGAAACGCGCGUCUUCGGUUCUGUUUUUGACUUGAUGUAAAAAUGUUAGGAUUUCAAAUGGAUUCUUUCCGUUCGAGUGGAUAUUUAUUAUGAACAUUUUGUUUUGAGGGGAAUUAAAAGAUAUGGUCAGUGGUGAGUCAGGAGAGACUGAAGAUAUCCCGCGUCUGCUCUGCGGUGGAGGACUACAGGCGGGAACUUGCGCGUGUGGAAGAACCGAACCAUCUGAAGAGAGCGCGUGCCAUGCCGUUUCGGGUCUCGAGCGGUAGAAAGCUGUAAAACCUGUGGCGAGGAGUUUACUGAGACGCGGUGAUGGGCUUUGCCAUGAGGCACCGCUGGUUCAUGGUGCUACUGCUAAUGCAGGCAUGGCUCUCUGCCACUCCUUGCUUUGGUGACCGUCCUUGCCCUCGGAGCUGCCGAUGUGAUGGCAAGAUUGUAUACUGUGAGUCUAGCGCAUUCCGUGAUGUUCCCAAGAACCUCUCUGGUGGCUGUCAAGGGCUUUCCCUGCGGUAUAACAGCUUGGCAAGCCUAAAGGCUGGACAAUUUGUUGGCCUCAACCAGCUCAUUUGGCUGUACCUGGACCACAACUACAUUGCCAAUGUGGAUGCACGUGCUUUUCAAGGGAUACGGAGGCUCAAAGAGCUAAUAUUGAGCUCCAACAAGAUCACAAUUCUGCAUAACACCACAUUUCACCUGGUACCAAACUUGAGAAACCUUGACCUUUCUUACAACAAGCUACAAGCUCUGCAACCAGGGCAGUUCCAGGGUCUACGCAAGCUACUUAGUUUGCACAUGCGCUCCAAUUCCCUUAAGAAUCUUCCCUCUCGCCUUUUUCAGGACUGUCGUAAUCUUGAGUUCCUUGACCUCGGCUACAACCGUCUGCGCAGCAUUACUCGCAAUUCAAUGUCUGGCCUGCUGAAGCUAACUGAGCUGCAUAUUGAGCAUAACCAGUUCUCCAAAAUCAACUUUUUCAAUUUCCCACGCUUCUAUAACUUACGCGCUCUUUACCUACAGUGGAACCGCAUUAGGACCAUGAGUGAAGGCCUUACGUGGGCCUGGACAUCAUUGCAGAAGCUGGACCUUUCAGGAAAUGACCUGCAGGAGAUAGAUGCAGAAGUGUACCGGGCCAUGCCGAAUCUGCAGACACUUAACCUGGAUUCAAACAAGCUUGUCAAUGUGUCUCAAGAAGCUGUGGAUGCCUGGAUCUCUCUGACUGCAAUUAGUCUGGCAGGAAAUAUGUGGGACUGUGGACCAGUUGUGUGUCCGCUAGUGGCCUGGCUGAGAACCUUCCGUGGAAACAAAGAAAUUAAUAUGAUUUGCGCAUCACCCAAAGAAGUCCAAGGGGAGAAGGUUAUGGAUGCAGUUGACGCCAAUAGAGUUUGCAUGAUUGCCCCUGCUAUGCCAUCAACUGUAAUAGCUCCUUCUACCCCCUUUGUUGCCUUUGCACAGACCCCAGCCAGCUCUUUUGUCCCUACUCUUAAAUCUGGAGACAGCAGAGGGGGCCUGGGGACAUCCUUGGAAGGUACCACCUCUUCAGCACCUUCUCAGCCCGCUGUCCCACCACCUGAGCAAGACUUCGAACCAGUAUCAUUCCACAAGAUAGUGGCAGGAAGUGUUGCCCUUUUCCUGUCAGUUGCUAUGAUCCUCCUGGUAAUUUAUGUCUCGUGGAAGCGCUAUCCAAGCAGUGUAAAGCAGCUGCAGGAAAACUCGGCUUCAGCUCGUAAACGUCGGAAAAAGUCACGGGAGACAGAGCGCACUCUCAGCACACCAUUGCAGGAGUACUAUGUGGACUACAAGCCUAAUAAUACAGAGGGCACAGAUGUGCUAGUCAAUGGUACUGGACCAUGCACCUACACCAUCUCUGGCUCCAGAGAAUGUGAGGUCCCUCAGCAGAUGAGCACUCUGACCUUCUACAGGUAUGACCAGCCCAUAGUGGACUACUGCCAGGCGCAUCAACCCCUGAGGCUCAACAUGAGCUACGAUGGUCCCCCCCAAACCCUGGAGGGGCUGGCAGAGCUUCCCCCCCGCGAGAGGAGCACCAUCCAGACUGUGGCGCUUCCGGCAGUACCCACCAUCAACUCGGGCACCACGGGACCCUGCUCCCCACCCAGCCAGAGAGCGCCCAUGGAGGGGCCCAGCAUCCCCUACCCCACCACAGAACGCUCCAUUAACUAUCCAACGACAGAACGUUCCACCAGCACCCUCACUUUUAGACGCUAACAGCCCCGCUCGUAUAGCAAGGCAUGAUGGGUAAUUUCAAAAGAGACUGUGCCUGGUGUGGUGAUCCACAUUCUGCCGGCAUUAACGCAGCUGCGUGUCUGAAAACUGUGCAUACUGCUGUGCGCUAACUGUUUCUCGCGAAUAUAGAGAAGUGAAAAUCAUUCCCAACGACGUCGCUGGAGGACACGAGGAUCUGGCAUACGGUGCACUUCUAUUGUGGAGUGUAGUGUAUUCUGGAAAAUGGGAUUCCAUUUGUCUUUUUCCAUCUUUUCUUUGUUCCGAAUCAAAGGCCAAUACAUGUUUUGUUGUCCCCGUUCUGCUCAAUGGCAAAUUGAAAUCCAAUGCAACAUGCAUGAGACGUUAAACGUGGCUUUGGUUUCAUUCAGCCCUCGCUCUGCACUGACGCUAGGACGGCUUCUCUGAGGAGUAGAUGGUGGUGAUGGUUUCCCAUUCUGAGUGAAGAAUGAAUAGGAAUGUGCAAUAAACAAGGUUUUUCUUUUUUUUUUUUUUAAACAAGAGUGUGAGAACAAGAGAAUGAAAAGCAGCAAAUUAAUGUUCACCAGAGCUCAAAGGCCUCUCGCUGUUAUUUUCAUUUAGUUGCCAGGGAGUGCUCAUAAAUGCUGUCAUUAUUUGAUUAAAAAGACAGAUCUGUCCAGACAUGAGAAUGUCAGAUGGAAGAUCUGUUUGAGUAGAAGAAAACUCAUUCAUUAAAUUAGAAAUUAAGUCUCACAUGGCAAGGUCUUUCAGUGUGCACAUGUACCAAAGAUCAAGCUUCUUAGAUGUACAUAAAGCUUGUGUUUCUUUUCAAAAUGUAAUCAAAUUAAUCAGUGUCUAACGCAUACUGUAACGUGUAGGCCAGCGGGGUUCACGGCUGAUGACGUUGCCUGAUUUUUAAUUCUGCAGAGUAAAAAAACAUCAAGCUUUGUGUUUGAAGGCUAUCUGUUAACUAGAUUGUGUGUGUGUGUGUGUUUGUUUGUGUGUAUGUGUUUAAGUUUAAAAGCUGAAGUGUGUAAUUUCUGCAACCACUCGUGUCAGAAAUAAUGACUGUUUUCCAAAAGGUUUCCUAAAAACUCUCUAUAUCUGCUAUUGGACAGGCAAACAGAAAACCACGCCCCCAAAUUUACGCCAUUGGUUGAGCUGGUUGGCUGGUCAGAAUGUUCCAACAAACACUGUUUUGAUGUUUCUGCAGAACCAACCGCUUGUUCAUAUUUUUUACUAAAUACUCUCUGCAUUUAGCGAACUAAACACAGAACAAUUACAUACUUCAGCUUCAAGAAGGCAGACAUCCCUCACUCGGAUAGCAUGCUGGAGUUACCAUCUAGUGGCAGAAACGCCUUCUUUGCAAGUAUCCGACGCCACUGUCCUGCUAUAACAAACUUUUAGGUCGUGGUGUUAAACUGAUGUGUUACUAUUGAGGUAGCUAGCAGUCAUUGAAGAGUUUUCUUCUC